GUUGACUGCAGUCUUUCAAGCUAAAGGGAAUCUCUGCUCUGCCUCCUCUUGUCUCACUCACUCUCUCCCUCUCUCUCUUCGGCUCUGCCUUGUAGCAGCCCAGCAGUCCAGCAGACAGAUCAGCCCCAGACAUGCUGAGGAUAAGCUUUCAUGUUGUGUGCUUUCUGGCCCUGGUGGCCACAGCUGUAUCUGCCCCUGGCCAGUGCCCCAGCUCCUGCCACUGCCACGGGGAUCUGCAGCAUGUCAUCUGCGACAGCGCGGGGCUGAAAAAGGUCCCUCGCGUGUCCGACUCCACACGCCUCCUCAACCUGCAGCGCAACAGCUUUCCAGUUCUACCUGCUGGGUCCUUUAGCAACGCCAAGAAUCUCAUCUCUCUGCACCUGCAGAGCUGUCAGAUCAAGGAGAUUCCUGGGCAGGCCUUCAAAGGGCUGAAGAAGCUCAUCUACCUCUACCUGUCCAACAACGAGAUCAGUUCGAUCAAGCCAGGGGCUUUCGAAGAUCUGACCGAGCUGACCUACCUCUACCUGGACAGCAACAAGAUCAGCGACUUGCCCAAGGGAGUCUUCUCGCCCAUGAUCAACCUGUUCAUCCUCCAGCUCAAUGACAACAAGGUCCGCGAGCUGCGAGCUGGCACCUUCACAGGUGCGAAGGACCUGCGCUGGCUGCACCUCAGCGGGAACGAGAUGUCCUCCAUCCAGCCUUCUGCCUUGGAAGAUGUGGAGAAUCUUGCCAUCCUUCACCUGGACCGCAACCGCCUCAGCACCUAUCCUACUGCUGCCCUGAGCAAACUGCGGGUGGUGGAGGAGCUCAACCUCUCCAGAAACCCCAUGAAACUCAUCCCCGAUGAUGCCUUCCUGUCCUUUGGCAAGUACGUGGAGAAAAUGUAUCUGGACAACAUGGGUCUGGAAAGGUUCUCAGACGGAGCUUUCAACGGGGUCAGAGCUCUCAAAUCCCUGCACAUCGAGAACAACAGGUUGAAGACUCUGCCUGGAAGCCUGGAAUUCACCACCAUUCAGAACAUGACGCUCUCCAGCAACCCCUGGAGCUGCACCUGUCAGCUCGCCCCCCUGCGCAGCUGGAUGGACUCCAGCAGGGUGCGUCCAGAUGCUGUCUGUGCAUCUCCAUCUCAGCACAGAGGCAAGCAGAUCAGGGACAGCUCUGCCUUCAACAGCUGCAGACGGAAGACGAAGAGAGACAGAAAGGGCACCCGCCUUUAAAGAGGAGACGCUGCGAAAGUCUGUCCAGGUGACCGGCUACUUGUGCAAAGAAAGGAGCAAUGCCAACCGCUAUUCCAACACCGUUCAUCUGCCUUACCCCCUCCCCCUCCCCUCUCUCCCUCUUCACUGCUGAAGAAUGUCUCAGACACUUACCAGUCUCCAGAAAUUCCUUUUCCCCACAACAGUCGGCCCUCGCCAGGCUGCCCUAUUUACUCUCUCUAGCAUGUUAUAUAGCAAUAUAUAAGAAGUUCUUUCUAAGGAUGUGUAAAUUAGGUGCAUGGCAAACGGCCUGUACCAUUAGCAAAGUGGGAAUGUUUGGUUUUUUUUGGUCUUUUCAGACGUUUUGUGUCGAAUUUGUACAAUAAUUUUGACUGGUCUGUCGACACCCUAAAUGACAUGAAAACCAAGCAUCUAAGUGGACAGCAAAAACAAGUAAAAUGUAAUGUAAACCUCUUUUUUGUUACAUUUUUAUUUCCUACCCCGACUAAAGUGGGGCCUGAGCGUUUGCAUGACAGAUGCAAAGUGCCUCUUUCAGCCUUGGCACGGACACGUCCUGGUGCCUGAUUGGGACUGUGUUCGGCUCAGUGCUAUGACCGCUCCUCCAGCAGUGAAUUGGGUUAAUCAGACACUGCUGUAUGUUGGGUUGGAUUGAGAGACUGUUACCUGGCUUUAUCACUUCAGAGCACUCAGGUACAGCGCCACUGCUUGUAUCAGACAGCUUGGGUCUGAGCUGCUCAGACUGUCUUUUGUGGGAAAUGUAUACAGCAGCCAUGCCAGAAUCCCAAAGCCUCCUCUUCCUUCACACUCACUCUGCCAGUGCAGACUGAUUCCCCUCUAUCCGACUGAUCCGGGUUCAGUUUGCAAUGAAAGAAUAUAGCCAGCAUCAUGCAGAAUAACAUUUGCUUUUUAUAAGUAAAUAUGAAACAAUUUAAAGACUGGGAACAUUUUCUUUGUUGCAGGAUGACAGAUUGUAUUUACAUCAGCUGUGUGAUCACUGUAUGAAUGUGUGUGCUCAUUCAUGAAGGGAGUGCUCAGGGUCAACAGCAUAAAGAAUGAUAGAUAUGACAGGAGUCAUGGCUUCCUAUUGGUCUUAAGGACUAAAUAAAGGAAACAAUCUGCAGGUUGCAGACUUUAAUAA